AUGGCAACUCAAUCGGCUUCUCUCUCACCUCCAGUGUUCAAUUGGGACCAGUAUCACAUUUGGGCUAUUAGAAUGAGAGCCUACCUAAGAGGGCAAGGGCUGUGGCUGUAUGUGGAAGAGGAGAAACAGCAACCGCAGCUUGGUCCAAACCCAACUUUGAAUCAAAUGAGGAUGUAUGAGGAGGAGAUGUCCAAAGCUCCAAGAGCUCUUUCUCACAUACACUCUACAGUAACAGAUCUUGUAUUUACAAGGAUAAUGGUGUGUGAAACUACAAAAGAAGCUUGGGAUAGAUUGAGGGAGGAGUUCAUGGGAAGUGAUACAACCCGAAAUAUGCAAGUUAUGAACCUGCGAAGAGAGUUCGAAAUGCUAAGAAUGCAGGAGGUAGAGAAGGUUAAAGAGUAUGUAGAUAGGCUUAUGAGUGUAAUGAACAAGAUUAGAUUGUUGGGAGUUGAGAUGAGUGACAAGAUGAUAGUUGAGAAAGUGUUAGUCAGCCUACCGGAAAGAUUUGAGUCCAAGAUAUCUUCCUUAGAAGAUUCGAAGGACCUCUCCCAAAUCAGUCUUACUAAAUUGGUUCAUGCACUGCAGGCCCAAGAACAAAGAAGGUUGAUGACGCAAGAGGACUCCAAUGAAGGUGCUAUGAUGGCUGCUCAAAAAGGAUUGAAUGUGAAGGGAAGAAAUAGGAAAUAUGCUGGAGAUAAGAGAGGAAAAGAGAGAACUGAUGGACAGGGGGGAAAACCGAGUGGAGGAAGGAAUUAUCCACCAUGUUCCCACUGCAAAAAGAAGGGACAUCCAGACAGUAAGUGCUGGUUUAGACCUGGGAUCCAAUGCAGGAGGUGCAAACAGUUCGGGCACAUUGAAAAAGUGUGCAAGAACAAAAGUGCACAGCAAGCACAAAGUGUAGAAGACCAGCAGCAGAGCAGUGAACCCGAGCAGCUGUUUGUAGCUUCAUGCUACUCCAUGCAGACCACCAGUGAUGUUUGGCUAAUAGAAAGUGGUUAUACUAACCACAUGCAGCAAAACUGGAGAAUUUUGUUAGGACAGACAAAACAUACAGCUCCAAGGUCAAGGUGGGAAAUGGUGAGUAUGUUGAGGCAAAAGCUAUUGGAGAUGUGA